AUGCCACCGCCGCUCUCAGGCUCGUUCGCAUCUUCAACGAACCCCGGCGGCGGCAAAGAGACGCAAACAAGUCACUUUGUCCCGCCCAUUCCAUACGAUACGUUCCUCCCGGAGAACCUGCCUUCGACGCAUGUUACGGUAGGCAGUCUGUUCCCUGAGCUGCAUGGGGCAGGCAAGACUGCACAGCCACCUCAAGUCACAGCCAAGCUGCUCGCCCAUUUGCCCGCGAAGGAGCUGCGUCCGAAGUACAUGCGAGCAUUGGAGGAAACGAUGAUGCUUCAUCCGUGCUUUAAUGUGCGUCACUUUGCUCAGCGGGUUGAUGCAAUGUUCGCCUGGGGAGAGGCUGGCUCGGUUUCGCCGAGUGCGUUGAGUUUGACUGCGGCCAGCACAGAUCCCGGCAGCCAGACCAAGGCUGCGCUGGCGCGGGAGGUGUUCUUUGGCCAGCCACCACCGCCGGUCGGGAAGGGCAAGGCAAAUGCGAAGACGGGCGCGGGGCAGCAGCACGGGGCGGGCAAUUCGCCAAAACCGACGUUGAGCUUCUUCGCGGCUUCGUGUGCGGCCUUCGCGCUGGGCGCGCUGGUGUGCAAGAGCAAUAGCACGAGUGCCAUUGCGAACCCGUCACAACCGCAAGAGUCGACAGACCGGCCAUCAACAGCUUCGUCGUCGUCAUCUUCGUCAGCAUCACAAGCGCAAGCGCAGGUGAAGGAAGACGAGGCGGACCCCGCGGCGCUGUUCGCGUUGGCGGACCAGGCGCUGGGCCUGUUCGAGAAGACGUCGCUGUACGAUCUGGACGCGGUGAUCGCGAUGAUCCUGCAGAUCCUGUACCACCUGCAUGAUGGGCAGAUGAGCGUCGCGCAGGGUGUGUUCCCGCUGGUGGGGAAAAUGAUCAACGUUGCGCGCAUGAUGGGUCUUGCUAUUGAUCCCGACGAGUUCCCGGGAACGUACAACCUGUUUGAGGCUGAGACGAGGAGGAGGAUUUGGUGGGAUGUGUUUUACUAUGACCUGUUCAUAUCAGACUGUAUGGGCCACCUUCCGCUCAUUCCGGACAACUCGUUUACGACGCGGAUGCCUGCGGAUGUUGACGAGGAGCAGUUCACGCCCUCUUCGUUAUCGUUACCCACCGCGUCAACCGGCGAAGGUGCUGAGAAGGGAACAGCAUACUUCUCGCUGAAGUGCAGGUGA